UAUUGCUUGUUACAGCUUUGCCUUCUUGCUGUUGUCAUCGCCGUCGUUGGUGCCCAACACUACGGGCACGAAGAAGGCCACCACCACGUCGACUACUACACGGAACCUCAUUAUUAUUUCGAGUACGACGUUAAGGACCCUCACACCGGUGACUUCAAGAGCCACAAGGAACAGAGGAAAGGCGACCACACCGAAGGAGUCUACAGCCUCGUCGAACCCGACGGUUCCAAGAGGGUAGUCGAGUACGUCGUCGAAGGCAAGAAGGGAGGAUUUGUACCCAAGGUACACAGAGGACCCGGUAAACUCGUUGAUCACAAGCACGGCCAUGUAGGAUACGUCCACGCCAACUACAACUUCCACCAAGGGCAUGUUCAAGAAGUCCAGUACCAUUCUGGCGGACACGGCGGACACCAGGGAGGUUUCGGAGGUCACGAAGGUGGAUUCGGAGGUCACCAAGGCGGAUUCGGAGGUCACCAAGGCGGAUUCGGAGGUCAAGGUGGAUUCGGAGGUGGACACGGAGGAUACUAAUUCCUAAAUAUCCAUCGGCUACCAAAUAAUCAUAAAUUCAUUAAGAAACCUACGUUGUCAUUUCAAUCAUGUUGAUUGUUUUUACUUUUUGAAUAAAUUUUUUGUACCAUUUUUUUAAAA